AUGGAAGUCAAUGUGGAAAUGCAGUCCAACGAUCUGGAUUCCACUCACAGCAGCACAAAGCCUGGGAUUCAUGACAGGGAUCCCAAAAGAGUCAACCAGUGCCUAAAGGUCACGUUUGAAGAUGUGAUUGCAGAGCCGUCAUCGGUGCGGAGCUUUGAUAAAGUGUGGUUGUGGAGUCACGCCCUGUUUGAGGUGUCCAGACUGUGGUGUUACCGCCUCAUCUCCCUCCUGCUGGCCGUUCCAGUCUCACUGGCAGCUGGACUCCUGUUUGCCGUGGUCAGCUGCCUUCAUAUUUGGCUCAUUAUGCCCUGUGUGCAGCUCCUUUUCAUCAACAUGCACUGGGUCCGGACUGUGUGGGGGGGCUUCCUCCACAUCCUCAUCAGCCCCCUUUCAGCCAGUAUUGGGAAGUGCUGCAGUGGCAUUAGCAUCACUCUAAAAAAAGAUGAAGACAGGCAAACACAGACAAGAAUUCUCUGA